GGGCAGUCAAACGCAGUCCGGGCCGACGUCGAGAGAGCGUCGUGACGACACGGAAACGACGCGUAGCACUCGGUAUCGCCAUCGCGACCACUUGUCGAACGCACUGAUUCCGACGGAAAUACAGGAGUCGAUCCUAGAGCAACUCCGAACGAUCUCGCUCGCCACCCGAAUCGAUCGAACUUCCUUUCGUCGAGAGCAAGUUGCGAGGGUCGAAGGGCGCCGUAAUUGCGUCCCUUUGAGGGCGCUCCGUCACUGUGGAGUGGUGGUGGAGAGACGUUUCGGAGGCCAUACAGGGCCCGCCCUUCGCCCACAUGAAAUCCGACGAGGAGAUGCAGACGGGCCGGGACAGGCACCAGGCCGGUCCUGGAAAUGGCAACGGCCACAACCACCAUUCGAAAAACAAAGGAGGCGAGAGCAGGAGGAUGGUGGAUAUAACAAGAGACAAACCAAUAAAGGUGGCUGUGAGAGUCGUGGUGCCUGUAAGGGAUCAUCCCAAAUUCAACUUUGUCGGCAAACUUCUGGGCCCUAAAGGUAAUUCUCUAAAGAGAUUACAAGAGGACACGAUGUGCAAAAUGGCCGUGCUGGGAAGAGGAUCCAUGAAGGACAGGCACAAGGAGGAAGAACUCAGGGCCAGUGGUGAUCCGAAAUUCCAGCAUCUGAGUGAAGAACUACAUGUGGAAAUAAGUGCUUUUGCCACACCAGCUGAGGCACAUGCUAGGAUUGCGUAUGCCUUAGCAGAAGUCAGAAGAUUUUUAGUACCGGACUACAACGAUGACAUACGUCAAGAGCAAAUGUGGGAAAUGCAGGUGCUGUCCAGCCAGAAAAACAACAACAACAAGACACCGGAAGAACCGCAGCCAGACGGCCCUGAAGACAGACUCAAUGGAGGAGAAGCUGGAAGCACACCAGGAGAACAGACUCCCCAAUCGGAAGAACAUCCAGCUAUGAGAGGAGUACACACAUCAGCGGCCUCUCCCCCCACCACCAUCGACCCCCCUGCCGCCGACGCCUCCCCCACCGCCCCCGCCAUCCCCGACUGCCCGUGCCCCGCCUCUGCCGCCCUGGGCACGCGCAAGAGGCCGUUGCUGGCAGCCGGCGGGCCGCGCACCUCGAUGACGCCCACCAAGCGGACGGUGAUGAGUCUGCUGGCGCGGGCGAGGGCCGCCCAGGCCAAACAGCUGCCCGCCGUCGGAGCCGCCUUUGCCAGAGGGGCGACAGCCGCUUUCGACGAGCGUACACCAACAUUGGUUCCGUUAUUACGAGAGGAUUAUAUGAGUGCAGUGAAUCUCAAUUUAAUUUAAGGCUGUUGUGAUUCUUUGAUUUUACUGCUCAAAUAUUGUGGAAUUUAUAGCGUCUUCUGAAGCUUCUUGAGUUUUUUAAUGAUCAAAUCGAAUGCAGAAGAAUUUUAUGAUUAUUUCGUCGAUUUUUUUUUAAGAUGUUGAAUUUAUGGAAUGAAUAUAAAUAAUGAAAUAAGCACUACAUGUAAUAAAAGAGGUUACCUACCUACUCACAAGCAAGACGAAUGGAAAAAUAGUGAGUAAGUCCAUGUAUAUUUACUGAUUAAAAUAUCACAAUAUGAAUUUUAAAUUAUUAUAAUGAACAAUUAUGCACGGACCAAGAAUAAUCUAAGUGAUAUUGAUUUAUAUGUAUUCAAAUUAUUGCUCAUUGCAAUCUAUUUUUCCAUCCCCAUGACCUGAAUUUUGAAAGGAAUAAUUAUAGUUAUCAUUUUUUCCCAGUAAGCCUGUUAUGUCGGAAAUUUAAAUCAAUUUUUGUAAACCCUGUAUAUUAUGAUUCCUUGGUAUCAUAGGAACAAAUUGUUCAGAGCUUUUUUAGUACUUAUCUAUAUAGAUUAUUAUGUACAAGAAUCCUUAGGAAAUGUCUCCAUUUGUUGUGAAAAUAUAGACAGGAUUUAUUUGGCAGGAUGAAAAAUAAUUAUGAAAUAAAUUUGAAUAACACUCAUAGUGUGCCCCUGUGCCACUAGAUCAUUUCAACAAUAAAAUACAUGAACAUCCUGUCUGUACUUAUCAUACCAUCAUUAUAUAGUUGUGAAAUAAUAAAGGUGUUCCCUCUAAAACGCCCAUUAGAAGUAUAUGGAGUUUUAACUUCUAACAGUGAGGAAUAUAAAAAGAAAUUUUGAAUAGAUUUUGAUUGGGUAUGAUCUAAUUAUAGAACUCGAAAUAUUUCUAAGUGUGUGUUAGAAGGAACAGUUUGUAUAUUAAGUAGGUAAAUGAUUUUUAUUAUAAAUGAAUAAAAUAGGUAAUAUAGAACAAAAUAGACUAAAUGUAUUCAUCAGUGGCUUUCAUCAAAUUUGAAUGUUCAUUUUAACAUUUGUAUGGUCACUGUAUAACUUUUAAUAAAUCUCUAUUCAAAAUUAGAUAAUUGUAAAGUGAAAAAUACAUACUUAAUAUUGAUGAGUGUACCUAAUUAUAAUGUAACAAGUUAAAUAAUUGAUUGUACAGUUAUUUAAAAAAAAUAAUUUGAUUGAAAUGGGGUAGAUACCUGAUGUGAAUAUCUUUUAGUACCCACCUACUGAAAUCUCAAAAAAUGUGUGCCAAAAUAUCAAUUUGAAUAAAAAACAAAUUGAAUUCCCCAUUGAGCAGAUUUGAGUUGUUGUUGGUACCAAAUAAGUCCCUAAUUGAUGUUAAUAAUAUGAAUAAAAAAAUAAUAAAAAUUUGCUAUGCUCUAUAAAAUCAAUGUCUUGUAUGAUGUGAAUUAUAAAUAAAGUUCAAGAAAAUUAUGUUUGUCUCUGUGUUUGAUUUGGUCUUUACAGCAUUCAAUUCAUCCAGCUAGACUGAAUUUUCAAAUAAAUUAAAAACAGGAAUAAAAAUAAUAUAAAUAAUAAAAUUGCAACUACAUAAUCAAUAACAUGAAUAACAAACUGCAGAGCUGUCACUGUAGCUCGGGAAUGAACAGUUCUUACAAAAGUCUUCAUCACAGUUCACACAAAUAUUCAUACAAUCUGUACAGAUAAAAUUAUCACAGUAGGAGCAUUUGCUUCUCACAGAGAGCAGGGCAAAACAUUUAAAACAUUUAUAAUGUCGAUCAGGUACUUCUUUCGAUUUAAUUUGUGGCUGAAUUUUUCUAGAGGCCCCUCUAUAUAACAUUUGAAGGGUUUUUUCCGAUGCGACAUUGACAAUACCUCUUGCUUUAGAUUCGUUGCCUACCUGCUUCUUGAUGAAAUGGUCUUCUUCAUCAAACGGGCAACUUCGUUUUGGCAUUUUGAUUUUGAGGCAACUGAAAUUGAAAUGAAAACGUUUUGAAAUUUUUCACCAGCUGAGUUUAAGUUCAGUCAGCAGUCACUUCACUUCAGUC